GGCCCCAUGGAGUGCGCGCCCUACUCGCCCCGCGCGUCCUCAGCAUGGGGCUCUUGGUGMCGGCGCUGUGGCUCCUGUCGUUGCCUCGGCUCGGGCUAGGAAAUGCACAGGCAACGAGCAUGGUCCAGCUGCCUGGUGGGAAGUUCAUGAUGGGAACAGAUGCUCCUGAUGGCAGAGAUGGAGAAGGGCCGAUCCAUGAGGUGACAGUAAAACCCUUUGCCAUCGACAUAUUUCCUGUCACCAAUCAAGAUUUCAGGGAGUUUGUCAGGGAGAAGAAGUAUCGGACAGAGGCCGAGAUGUUCGGGUGGAGCUUUGUCUUUGAGGACUUUGUCUCCAGUGAGCUAAGAAACAAAGCGACCCAGCAAAUGGAGCCUGUUCUCUGGUGGCUUCCAGUGGAAAAGGCAUUUUGGAGGCAGCCUGCAGGUCCUGGCUCUGGCAUCCGAGAGAGACUGGAGCUCCCCGUGGUACAUGUGAGCUGGAACGACGCCCGGGCCUACUGUGCCUGGCGGGGGAAGCGGCUGCCCACCGAGGAAGAGUGGGAGUUUGCUGCCCGAGGGGGCUUGAAGGGUCAGGUCUACCCAUGGGGGAACCGGUUCCAGCCAAACCGUACCAACCUGUGGCAGGGAACAUUCCCCAAGGGUGACAGAGCUGAGGAUGGCUUCCACGGAGUCUCGCCGGUGAAUGCCUUUCCCCCACAGAAUAGCUACGGGAUCUAUGACCUCAUGGGCAAUGUGUGGGAGUGGACCGCAUCACCCUACCGGGCCACUGGCCAGGACAUGCGUGUUCUCCGGGGUGCGUCCUGGAUCGACACCAUUGAUGGUUCUGCCAACCACCGGGCCCGGGUCACCACUAGGAUGGGCAACACUCCGGACUCUGCCUCAGACAACCUGGGCUUCCGCUGUGCUUCAGGAGCAGGCCGCCUGCCCGGGGAGCUGUGAGUUGCUGGCAGCAUGGACAGGAGAAAAGUUCCCCUGAGACCCAGGUCAUUCCCUGGCCAUAUUCCAAACGCAGCUGACCCUAAGCUCUUAAACUGCAGCUUCGGGGACACCCUCCCCUCCCUUCCCAUCUUCCACAGCAGGCAUUUCCCAAGGCAGGGUGGGCUCUCCCUCUGAGAACUGCCCCUGUCUCAGGGAAGGAGCCUGACUGCAGUGACUGGGAGCUGGGUGUCCCCUGGAGGCCAAGCAUUGACCAUACAGGGCCAGAUAGGAAAACUGUUGGAACAGAGGGCUCCAAAGUGCAGUUCCCAAAACAUUUGUAAAUCUGUUACCUUCCCUUUCUCCCUGAUUGAGAGAUCUGACAUUUCCUCAACACAAAAUUUUCUAAGGCAGCUGUUUUCCCAGCAGAUUUUUGUAGAAGGAAAAUGCUUCCUUUAUCUGCCUAUAGUGUUUCUUGCUCCUUUCAAGGAACUAUCUGUAAAAAUGCAAUGGGUUAGGCUGGGGAUGUGACUCAGUGGUAGAGCACUUGCCUACCAUGUGGGUUUGAUUCUCAGCACCACAUGUAA